AUGUCUCGGAGUUCUGCGAUCGUCUUAGCGCUGUGCGCAAUGGCCGCGGUUUGCAUGCUGCCAGUUUCAAAUGCACAAGUACUGUCGCAGUAUGAUGGUGGUGCAGUAAGCGAGAGUCAGGGCUGGGACGCGUUGGGUGGCCUGUACGCACUGCUGGCCCAACACGACGCGUUGGACGGACACGCACUGGCGCGUAAGUCCGUGCGCUCACCCUCGCGCCGUCUUCGCUUCGGCCGUCGCUCCGAUCCUGAAAUGCCCGCUCAGGCUCCGAUUGACGAGAUGGAAGAGCUUGUUAUGCGGGACGUACGCACGCCUGUCCGCCUCCGCUUCGGACGCAGGUCUGACGAGCGUGCCGUUCCCCACAUCUUUCCCCAGGAGGACCAGGAUCGUUCUGUGCGUGCUCCGUCUAUGCGUCUUCGAUUCGGCCGUCGCUCUGACAACAACAUGUUCUUGCUGCCCCUUGAAUCUACUCUGCCUAAGGAAGUGAAAGCCAGCGGCUCUGCGGAAGAUGACAGACAACAGAACUAA